GCAGGCCCAGCAUACGCCCAGACAUCAAGCGCGACGAACACGACCCAAAAACAGCGUUUGCGAAUACCGGCUGCGCCCACGUCCUCGCCACAGCAUAGUACAUUCACGGGCGUGCGACACGAUUCCGCGGUAGUUGACUCCAGUGUGGCGACCCACGACUGGCAAACGCAGCAGCCUAUGUACGCUGCACCGCAGUGCAAUAGCGUUGGACUGGGAGGACCGGUCGCCAGUCAUCUGCAAAAGCAGGGUAUCAAGCGACAGAGGUCUCACGCAAGGACACCGUCAGCAUCGACAGUCGCGUCGACCGGUCCGAAUUCUCCGUAUAUGAACUCGGCUUCGCACCCACAAAUCGCAAACACGGAUCACGCGCCGAAUUCACCAGCACAUUUUGCCGCUGACCAAGCACUUUACCCAAAGAAUCUACCUACACCUUCGCAGACUCCCACCGACAGCAUCUUCGCGCACUCCAACGGCUACGUGCCUAGUGCAUCUGCGCACAUUCCGAACGCGCAUCUUGCUAUGAAAAGCUUUGGUUUCGAUUACCACACCGCAGAGGAUUUCACACCAGACUUUGCGCCUUCAAGACAGUCGAUGUCGAGCUACGGUAACGACUCGCCGGCGACACCGCAGUCGGGUGCUGGCGAUGACGCAAGAAAUUACAACACAUCGCAGAAUGAUUACCGACAGCCCAACCCGAAUGUCCAGCUGUUCCGCACGGAAUCGCAGGCCUUCCAGGACGAGCUCUACAACCCAAAUCAGACCUAUACAUCUGCAGCACCGAAGUCUCAGUCACAACAGCAGAGCCAGCAGCAGUUCCUGUCACCUCAUCGCAACCUGAUUACCGAGCGAUUACAGACUGCUAACUUGGCUCGAUCCGCAUCUCCAACCUCCGCCAUCUCGCGAGAGCGAUCUCCAUUUAGGGACGG